ACACCACCAAGCUCACGUGUCACGAAAGUUCUCUUACAUCUAACGCGUUACUGAAAUAAUAUUUUAUAAAAUUGUGUGCGCAUAUGAGAUUGUCAUCUUGGGAAAAUAUAUUCGUAACGUGUGCAAAAUACAGCUGUCUACAUGGAUACCCUACAGCUAAGAAAUUUCAAAGACUUCCUUCUGCUCUACAACCAGAUAUCCGAGAUGUGCUUUAAAAAAUGUGCGAAUACUUUUCUCUCUCGAGAAAUCACCUCAGACGAGGAUUUCUGCAUAAAUAACUGCGCACAGAAAUACAUACAUGCUAAUCAUAAGAUAAUGGAGAUAUUCAUGGAGGUGCAGCCUGCAAUGGUACGCAAAAGAAUGGAGGAGAUAAACACGACUCAAGCGGCAUUAGAAGCGCAAAAUCAGCAAGCGGAGCAGAGCCCACAAUAGUACUUCUGUAUUAGCUAUAAUAUAUAUUGUUCGGGAAGGAAAUACGCAAUUGAUAUUUUCUCUCGUCCUGCAUUUGUAUAUGUAAACAAGUGUUUACAUAGAUCGUACCUUCCAAGUCUUUUUAUCGAUUGCGAAAACUAUCUACUUAAAUAAUACCAUAAAUGUCAUCUAACCUUGCCUUCGAUAUAUUUUUAUGCCAAAAUAUAUAUUUUAUGAGAGAGAUAUCAGAGGAAAGAAGUGCUCUCUUAUAUAAGCAUUCAUUUAUUGUUAAGAGAAUUUGUAUACACAUAAUAUACACAUACAAUAACAUCAUAGUUAGGAACACAUAAUCUCUUUCAGCUAUAUUAUAUAUUUUAUAAAUAAUAAAAUGUCCAGGUUACAUAAUUCGCAGAAAACAAAGUUGUUUUCUUUUUCAUCGCGUAGUGUCGAUAAUUAAAGAAAAAGAUCAGAUCUUGGCAGAGAGAAAACGGAACGUUUUACUUUUACUUCCAUUGCGUGGAAAUUGUGGAAUGCAACUUAACUAUAACAUAGCAAAAUUAUGUAUAAUCUAAAAGGAGAGGAUACGUGUUCGUGGAGUCUUUACAUGCAUGUUAUAUGCAAAAAAUAUAUACAGAAUGUAGCAGCAUUACACGUUACACAGGCCAGAGUUAUGAGAUAUUAUCAAGCUAUUAUUCCCUGGAUAAUAGAUGCAAGCGUAAAACGAUAAAAAUCUGGUGAUUCUCCAAGAGACAACUGAUAUCUUACGUUAUACAUUCACCAUACACACAUGUGAAAUGUUUAUUAAAUAUCAUUUACACACUGGAAGAAUCAUCUUCACAAUUUUGUGGCAUAACAUCAUAAUAUUAUGUAUCUGCCUAGUAUAGCUAGUUUAUUUCUUCGUUAACUGCUAAUUGCAAUAAUUAUCACUAUCAUGACAAGAAAUGUUCAUCGUUAAAAAUGCCACACAUUUUCGUUACAAAAUACACUUGAAAGUCCCUCCCCAAA